GCGAUUUUGUUCCAGACAACUUCGACAUUGACGUACACGUGUGUUAACCUAACUUUUUAUCGAAGUUAAAAGUGUUAUAAUUGGCUAAAAAACGUGUUUACGUUUAAAUAAAAAAUGAAAAAGGUGCAAAUGCCACCAAAAUAAUCAACUAAAAGUGUUAUUUAUUGUCUUUUGGAUGAUUUAACCCCCCUUGUGUUUUCUCUAUUAUUCGGAUUUUUUUGGUUAAAAGUGCAAUUUUAACAAUGACUUCGUUUGAUUUUACUUGGAAUAACGCAGCGCAAGUUACAGGGAAAGCAUUUGUGCGUAAAAAAUCAUCUAAAAAAGUCUCCACACAAAAACAAACAGCCCCCCCUAAAAAAGCUCCAGAGUCAAGAACUGCGAAAAAUAAAUCACUCGAACCCGAUGAUAAUCAACAAGAGAAAUUAUCAGGAUACGUUAAAAGGAAACAGAAAAAAGAUAAAUUAGCUGCGAAAGCAGCAAGUGAUGGAAAUCAACAAAUUAGUAAAGGAAGUGGUGAUAAAAGUGCAACCACGUCAUACUCAUUAUUUGCCGUCAGACAUAAGGAUAUUUACGUGAAUACAAAUAUUAAGGGAAAAUCAGUGGUGGAGAAAGUGUUCAGUGGGGAAAAAAAGUUCAGUGAUUUACAAAUACAUAAAUAUUUGGUGGCCAAUUUACAAAAACAUUCGUUUGUUAACUUGACGAAUGUUCAAGAGCGGGCCAUUCCGGAGAUUUUGGCGGGAAAAAACGUACUGAUUCGUUCCCAAACCGGUUCUGGCAAAACCUUAGCGUACGCAUUACCAAUAAUGAACGCUCUUCUAAGUGUCGAACCUCGUUUACAACGACAGGAUGGAGUCCAAGCUAUUAUAGUCGUACCAACGCGAGAAUUAGCCUUACAAACGCAUGAAAUCUUCGGUAAAAUAAACACGUUUCAAUGGCUCGUAAUCGGCCAUUUAUGCGGCGGCGAAAACCGAAAAACUGAGAAAGAUAAGUUACGUAAAGGAGUGCAUGUUGUUAUCGGUACUCCAGGUCGGUUACUAGACCACAUUUUACACACUUCUGCUUUCAAAACUGAAAAUGUUAAAUGUCUAGUGCUUGACGAAGCCGAUCGUCUCCUAGACAUGGGGUUUAAGAAAGAUAUAGUAAAAAUAGUAGAAGCGUUAGAUCGGACGAAACAACACUCUGAUUAUGACCCCAUGGCGAUGCUUUUGCACAAAAAAACACAAGUCAAAGUCGAAUCAAAAAACCAAGAAAAAAAACGACAAACAAUACUUUUAUCAGCCACUCUCAACAAAGGCAUAGCCGAACUAGCAGACUUUUUAAUGAAAAACCACACUUAUAUCGACACUCUUGACGACUCUCCCGACAUAAACCCCGACCACAUGGUCAUACCAAACACCGUCACCCAGGAGUUUAUUAUGACUCAUAUUAAACACAGACUUUUCACUUUGUCGGCCGUACUUUUGGCCAAAGCCAAGCACAAAGUGUUCGUUUUCAUGGCCACGAGCCAAAUGGUUGAUUACCAUUACGAUUUAUUUACGAAAUAUUUUGCAAAAAUGCCCAAAAAUCGGGGAAAAUUGAAAAUUGGAGAAGUGGCGGUUUUGGAAAAUGAGGAUUUUGAGGACAGUGACGAGGAGGAGGAAGUUGUGCUCGAGAGCGAAUUUUUCAAGCUGCAUGGAAACAUGGAUCAGGGGGCUAGGAAGAAGGUUUUUAUGGGGUUCAAGGCCGCCAAAAGGGGAAUUCUAUUAUGCACGGAUGUAGCAGCUCGUGGUGUUGACGUCCCUGAAGCAGACUGUAUAAUUCAAUAUACAGGUCCGCAAUCAGACGAUGAUUAUCUUCACCGAGUUGGAAGAACCGGAAGGGCUGGAAAAUCAGGCUCUUCCUUGAUCUUCCUCACUCAUGAAGAACAAGAAUACAUUGCCAGAUUGCAGGAUCACAAAGUAUUUUUAAAAGAACGGCAAUCUUCCGAAUUUCUCAAACACCUAUGCACUUUGAUGGAAGAACCCGAAGAAGAAAAAGCCGCAACAGCUCUGCAACGUCGCUUCGAAACGGCGCUGACGAAGGACAAGGACUUGCACCGUCUUGCCUGCUUCGCAUACUCCUCCUGGUCCCGCUUCUACAACACGUUCCCCGGCCAGCUGCGUUCCAUUUUCAAUUUUAAAACCGUCAAUUUAGGUCACUAUGUCACAAGUUUCGGGCUUAGGGAAACCCCCAGCAGUGUUGCAAGAAUCGUCAAAGGUCAAGUAUCAACAGUGCAGCCACGAAGACUCAACAAAAAACUGGCCACCCAUGGGGAUGAAGAAGAGGUGAAGACGCACAAGAGGAAGAUCAAGUCGGUCAGUUUGACCACGUCGGAGUUCGCCAGCGGAUUGGAACCCAAAAAGAAGAAGAAGAAGAAGAAAACUCAAACUUGAAUGUAAUUUUUAACCAAUUUUUGGAAAAUUAUAUUUAUCAUAACUA